UAUUUUGGCGCUUCCUUGCGAAGCGCUAUCUCGCGAAGCGCGCAAGAACGUGUUCAAGUUUUGUGAGGGCAAUCGCGCCGAGUAGCACGCGUGCGGACCGCAUAGUCGUAUGCUGUGUGCCUUCGCGUGUCAUUGCGGAGGAUGCUGUCGAUCUAAACGACAAAUCCUCAUCUCACAAUCGCACAACAUGUCCUUGUGCUUUCGCAUGCUGCCCGGCAAAUUGUCGUCGCUUGUCAGUGGUCGGAAAUCAUCGUCAAAGUUCGAUCGUCAUCAACUGCAAAAACACAUUGAGUCAUCUGCCUUCUUGAAACAGUUUUUGGGUACACAGAGAGCCCUGUCAGUAAGAGCAAAUACUGUCAGCAAAUCGAUACCUUUUGUAAAUUGUACUCUACCUCCGAAUUUAUCCCUGGCUUCAUUUGACAGUCGCAACCAAUGGAAUGAGAAACUAACUAAACGAUAUGCCGAUGAUGAGAGCAAGAACGCAACAAUAUAUUGGGCCCAGAGUCCACGUAGGCUGCAUAAAUUACAAAGACUCAGUGUAACCUCCUUGAAAAAUAGGAAACAUGUAGCUUCUACAGGAAUUGCAUCGAACAAUAUUAAAACCUUUCAGAUACAAGAUGUAGGAAAUGCUAAAGAUCCGAUUCCAGAUAAUAACAGAAUGAUCUCUUUAGAAAGCUUGUACAGUAAUCGAGAAACAAAUGUUGAUAUAAAAGUCUUGUUUGCUUCUGACAACAUGGACAUUCUAAAGACAAGUCCACAACAGCAAUCACCACAAGAAAAUGAGAAUAAACCAUCGCAGGAACAACUGCAAUCCAUAGUUGAUUGUCUUAGUCAAGAUUUACCAAAGCUGUUUGUGAAACCUUUGAAUUAUUCGAUAUAUACCCAGGAUAUAACGUUUAUCAAUAACAUUAGAGGGACAACAACAAGGGGACUUAUGAAUUAUGCAAAGCAGUUAAUAUGGUUGAGAGUAAUUGGUCAUAUAAAGUUUGCGCAUAUCAAACUCGAUAUCAUUAAGAUCACAAUGCAUACUGAAGAUGAUACUGUAAAAGUUCGGUGGCGUAUACGAGGUGUCACAGGCUGGAAAGUAAUCUCUAUGUUUUGGAAGUAUAAAUUUUGGAAAAUACAAGAUAGUAUAAAUGACAACCAUGAAGUAUGGUACGAUGGCUUCUCUACAUUUUAUGUUAAUACCAAUGGAAAAAUCUAUAAACAUAUUGCGGAUAAGAUGAUGCCUGAUCAGGAUCAAAUAACUGUGAAAAAAAACGACUUGCGUAUUGCAACGAAAUUAGCGUUAUUCACAGGUCUUGCAAGCAUGUUCGAUAGUAAU